GGCCGGGGUCGCCGCCCGUGUGCCCCUCGGGAGCGACCCCUGACCCUUGACCCCUGACCUUUGACCCCUCCCCGCAGCCGCCAUGGACUUCCGGGACAUUCUCAUGGUGGCCUCCGAGCAGCAGGGCCUCAGCAGCGUGCCGAAAAGGUACAGUUUGGCGGUGGGACCCCCGAAGAGGGACCCGAAGGUGAAGGGCGUGCAGUCGGCGGCUGUGCAGGCCUUCCUGAGGCGGAAAGAGGAGGAGCUCAGGAAAAAAGCUCUCGAGGAGAAAAAGAAGAAGGAAGAGCUGGUGGCCAAGCGCAUCGAGCUGAAACAUGACAAGAAAGCCAGGGCCAUGGCCAAGCGGACCAAGGACAACUUCUACGGCUACAACGGCGUGCCCGUCGAGGAGAAGCCGAAGAAGAGGCAGCCGGGGGAGGGCCCCGGGGAGUCCCCGCCGGAGGAGGAAGCGGAGAUGGACGGCGACGACGACGUGCCCGGCGAGUCGGAGCCCGAGGACUCGGAGGGGUACGAGGAAGAGCCGGAGCCCCCCCGGGCCGGCGGCGGUGGCGGCAAGGCCAAGCCCGCUCCCAGAAGCGCUCCGCCGCCCAUGAACUUCUCCGAUCUCCUCCGGCUGGCCGAGAAGAAGCAGUACGAGCCGGUGGAGAUCAAGGUGGUGAAGAAAACCGAGGAGAGGCCCAGGACGGCGGAGGAGCUGCGGGAGAGGGAGUUCUUGGAGCGGAAGAACAAGAGAGGCGACCGGGGGAAAGAAGGCAGGAGGCCCGAGAGAGAGGCCAGGGCCGGGCCCGGCCCGGCCAAGAAGGGGCCCUCGCAGAAGGAGGCGCCGCCCCCCACCAAGACGGGAAGGGGCCCUGGCCAGAGGCCGGCUGUCGCCGCCGCCGCCUCCUCUAAGAGAAGCCACCCCCACCCCGUCGCUGGCCCCGAGAGGAAGUCGAGACCGGCGGCUCCCAGCGAGAAGCACACCCGCCCGGCGCCCGCCAAGCCCCAGGCCGGGCCCGGCGAGGGCCCCAGACCCGUGUCGGCCGGCGGCCACGGGAAACCUCUGGUCAACGGGGCCGGAAAGGCCCGGCCCGGUAGCGCCCCGGCCCCCGGCCCGACGAAGGUCUCUGCCGGUGGGGCCCAGAGGUGUUCCGGUGAGCAAGGCCCCAAGAGACCCGCUGCCUCCCAGCUGAGCCAUUCCAGGCCCGGGCCCGGACCCCACAACGGGGCAAAGCUUUCCAGUGCCAAGAGGCCGAGCGGCGGGGCCGGCUCGGCGCCGGGGCGGCCCGACCCGAGCUCCUCCCGCCCGGCGGGCGGCCUGGGUUCCGGCCCCGGCCGGCCCGCCGGCCACUCCGCCUCGGGGGCCACCCCGUCGGUCUCGGGGCCCGGGCGGCCCGGGGGCGGUUCCGGCGGCGGGCCGGGCCGGACUGGUAACGGCCCGGGCCCCGGAAGGCCGGCCGCGGGGCUCGGCCCGGGGAGGCCGAACGCGGGCCCCGGGCGGCCGGCCGGCGGGCUCGGUCCGGGGCGGCCGGCCGGCGGGCUCGGCCCGGGGCGGCUGAGCUCGGGCCCCAGCAGGCCGGCCGGCGGGCCCGGCCCGGAGAGGACCAAUGCGGCGGGCACCGUCCCCCCGACCAGGCCUCGCUGCACCGUCGUGUCGGAAACCAUCUCCUCCAAGAACAUCGUCACCCGGCCCGGCCCCGGAAGGAUGGACGGGAUGCGGCCUCCGCCGCCCGGCACCAGGCCCGGGGCUCAGUGGCGAGGUCCUCCCGGGCACCCGCUCCCCCACACGGGCUACAAGCGGCACCGGGAUUUCGACGACGACGAAGAGGAGUACGACUCCGAAAUGGACGACUUCAUUGACGACGAGGGAGAGCCUCAGGAAGAAAUAUCCAAACACAUCCGAGAAAUCUUCGGCUACGACCGCAAAAAGUACAAAGACGAGAGUGAUUAUGCCUUACGGUACAUGGAGAGCAGCUGGAAAGAGCAGCAGAAGGAGGAAGCCAAGAGUUUGCGUCUUGGGGUGCAAGAGGACCUCGAAGAGAUGAGGCGGGAGGAGGAAGAACUGAAACGCCGAAAAGCCAAGAAGCUGAAGCUCCGUUAGCAGUUUGACCUCCUGAGGGUCCCGGGGGUCUGUUUCCUCCUGCCCCUGCCUCCUGUCUGUCUGUUCUACCUUCUGUUGUGUGUUAGAGGAUAAAAGAGGUGGAAGGGAAGAAAGCACUGAGAAAGUAUUUAUUUUUAAUACUUGCCAGGGUUGCGUUUUGGUUUUUUGUUGGUUGGUUUUUUGUUUUUUUUUAAUAGAGAAAGCAACUCCACUGAACGCUUCUUUAAAUUCCCAAAACACCAGCCGACGAGCUAUGCACUCGGACACCGUAGCGGGCCGGUCCAGCUAGCCACUCUGACAUUUAGCUAGUCGGCCCUCAAAGAGACCACUCUGCCCCGACUUGAGGGGGAGGACCCAAGUCCCGAGUCACGGAGUUGUUCUCUCCUCCCGGGAAUGACUCCGGUUCCAGGCCUUUCCCGCCGACGGAGUCAGCAGCGAAGCCACCCGCCCUCUUCCUUGCUCACGGAUCGGAGCAACCGGGGAUCUCUGCGCCAUUGGAAAACGCGGAUGUCGUUCGUAGCGAUUUGAAGUUUAAAAAUGUAAUCAAAUUACACUGGGCUCCCACCUUAUUCCGCAUUGCCCGCCGAGUUUUCUCAAUCCCCAAAACGGAGCUUAUUGGGGAACCAGAACUCUGUGGCGACUGGAACCAGAGUACGAGCUAGGUUCCGGAAUAUUCCUCUCCCCCACCCCACCUUUUUUUCCUCAUUCAGAACCAUUCCUGAUCAAUCCCACUUCCAAAUACGUUGAAAGAAGUAGAAGUCCCUACGCAGAGACAUAUUUUGUCCGAAAAAUCCAUUUUUGUAUUGGAUAGAGUAUAUCAAAAAUAAAGCCGCUAUUUUAUUCAGAGAUCAGCCCUGCGGGAUUCAUCUAAAAGUGAUGUGUGGCGUUCUUUUUUUUUUUCCUUUUUUCCCCCCCCGCCCCCAAAGAGAUUUUGGAAAUCCCCUUUCAGUUUUCAAUUUUCAGUGCCUCUGUUGAUUUUUCACGACUUGGCAUUUAUGGUCUUGAAUCAGACAUCAAUAAAUCAUAAAGAGUCGUAAAUGCUGGUCCUAACGGCCGAAAACCAAAAACCCAAACUGUGCGCGCGUGUAGUGUGUGUGUGUUUCAAGAGUAGCCCACCUGCCAUAUUGCACAUUGCGUUCACGCUAUGCACUGUGAAGAGACUCGUUUUUGCUCUCUGGAGGCUCCGGUGAGUUUCCCCGACGGAGUCACGGCUUCUCCUCCCUCCUCGCCCCAGCCUUCGUUCUGGCUUCCCUCGUCCCGGGCUCUCCGAGCGCCCGGCGCGUCGGCGAUACCCGUCCGCGCCACGGAAAGCUACCGGGCGUGGAGAUCGGGGGGCAGCCCCUGGAUUCAGCCGGGAGACCCGGACCGAGGAAAAGGCCGGGAGACGGAAGCCCGGAAAAGGCAGGAGUCGGGAACCCGGAGCAGCGUCUUCCAACCGAGGGUAAAGUUUCUUCCGUCGGAUGGAGAGGCCGCCUCAGCGGAACGCGGCUUUGCUUCCAGAGGGGUCGGCGGGGGAGUUGAAGAACUGACCGAUCGCCGGAGGAAGAGGGAUCGGGACCUCGUUUCCAACUGAAGCGACUUUCUGCGUUCAUUCCCUCCAUCCCUUAGGUCCCCUUGCCCUGCCUGGGGCACUUAAGGGGCACCAGUUUGGGCACUAAACGCAUCGGCACGGUUGGCGGGACCAGAUGAUUCUGUUCACAGCAUCGAGCGAGAUCAAGUGGGCCUUGUUCUCAUUCAAAUAGCCGCGGACCCCCACACCUGUGUAUCCACCCCGGUGCUUAGUAAAGUGCCUGGCACACAGUAAGUGCUUAACAAAUACCACAAUCAUUAAUAUUAUUAUUAUUAUUAAAGCCAGUGACAAAGAGCAUGAGCCUCUUUACUCAGAGAGAUGAAGAGAAUCCUGGUUUCACCUCCCAACUCUUCCGCUCUUCUGAAAGCUUCCUCUUGAUUCUCUCCCUCUCUGGAAACUAGUAAAACUGGCAAAGUCUUCGGAGGUUCUUUGCUUUUAAACAAAGUGCCAUCCUCCUGCCAACGCAGUGCAUACUUUUUCCUCUUUUUUUUUUCCUCGUAGAGUAGAUGGCUUUGAGAUUUAUUUUGGACGUUGCGCGUGCAUUAAAAAAACGAGAACUUUUGAAGACCCGACGGUCGAGGACUCGGUCGUAGAUGACGUUUCCGUGACUCCUCCUGUACUGACGGCAGGACGGUUCUGAGAAAGCCGGGCCUGUCUUCAGAUCCAGUCUUGCUUCCAAACCCGUGACUGCUGCUCCGUCAAACAAUUCAUUUUAUUCGAGGCAUCUUCACCCAACGACUCGUAAGCCUUGGGAUGUGAGAAACUGGAAAAAUGCCUGCCUGUUCAUACGGGGGAUCACACGUUAAGCUAUUGACUUGAACGAUGUAGAUUAAAACACUUUUGCUUUUUGAAUUUUCUUAUUCAGUGUCUGAAGAGGUGCCUUUUUCCUAGGUAACGUUAAUUCACGAAUGUAGGGAAAAAAAUUAAAUAGGUGCAGCCUUCUUGAAUAUUGAUGGUGUGACGGGAAAAGUAGUUUUCAUAAAACCUUUCAAGUGGAGCUUUGAUUGCACCAGUUACUUGCCUGUGAUGUUGCUAAAUCAGUCAGGGGACUUUGUACCGAAGGCUGCUCUCUGAGAUCUCGGUAUUCCUGGCCUCUCCGUGUCUGUUGGCAAACCGUAAAUUCAAUUCCAAAGACAGCAGGAGACCGGGAUACCGCGUAUCCCAGGCAGCCUUAGACUGAGACUGUGCGCUGGGGAGUAGAAAAGCUUCAAAGAGGGAAUCAGCCCGCCCUGAGAAGAGGUCGAGAUGGAAUCUGUGUUAUGUCAACCCCGAGCUUUUCCCCCCGAAAAUCUCGUUUUUAUUCUGUUUUGUGGCUGAGGGGUAUUUCUGAGGGACAGCAGGAGACCAAAACCCACUGGGAAAGAGAAUAACUCUACGAAGAGAGGCUGGUGUGUUAUUUACCAGGUGACGAAUGUAUCCGAAUGCUAUUUAUUUGGUGAGUGGACGCGAUGCAAUAUUAAAGUGGCAUUGUGGGCGAGGGAGGGGGCGUUCCAGAUCCGGCCUAUGCCUUAGGGGUGAACGUUUGUACAAUUCGUUGUGUCUUUUCGCACAAUGGGACAAAUCAGGUAAAAACCUUGACGUAGCUUAGUGGCUUCUGGUGCUGUUGAAAGUACGUGCAAAGAGAUGAUUCACUCUUGCGUGUGCAGGGUACAGGUGAAACUUUUGACAGUUCUGUAUACAGUACAAUAAAACAGGCAUUAAAAUGCUUUAUUACUUU